AUGAGUCAUGUCACUAUUCAAUGGGAUGUGGUAAUAGCUCUUUACAUAUUCUUCAAUUGGUGUCAUGGAGGAAUUACAAAUAUCAACUGCUCUGGCCACAUCUGGGUAGAACCAGCCACGAUUUUUAAGAUGGGUAUGAAUAUCUCUGUCUAUUGCCAAGCAGCCAUUAAGAACUGCCAACCAACUAAACUAUAUUUUUAUAAAAGUGGCAUCAAAGAAAGAUUUCAAAUCACAAGGAUUAAUAAAACAACAGCUCGGCUUUGGUAUAAGAACUUUACAGAACCACAUGCCUCCAUGUACUGCACUGCUGCAUGUCCAGGACGCUCUCAAGAGACACUGAUAUGUGGAGAAGACAUUUCUUCUGGAUAUCCACCAGAUGUUCCUGACGAGGUCACCUGUGUCAUUUAUGAAUAUUCAGGCAACGUGACUUGUACCUGGAAAGCUGGGAAGCCCACCUACAUCAACACAAAGUAUGUGGUGUAUGUGAAGAGUUUAGAGACAGAAGAAGAGCAACAAUAUCUCACUUCAAGCUAUAUUAACAUCUCCACUGAUUCAUUACAAGGUGGCAAGAAUUAUUUGGUUUGGGUCCAAGCUGCAAAUGCUCUAGGCAUGGAGGAGUCAAAACAAUUGCAAAUUCACCUGGAUGAUAUAGUGAUACCUUCUGCGUCCAUCAUUUCCAAGGCUGAGAAUAUAAAUGCUACAGUGCCCAAGACCAUAAUUUAUUGGAAUAGUCAAACAACAAUUGAAAAGGUUUCCUGUGAAAUGAGAUACAAGGCCGCAACAAACCAAACUUGGAAUGUUAAAGAAUUUGACACCAGCUUGACACAUGAGCAACAGUCAGAAUUCUACCUGGAGCCAAACAUUAAGUAUGUGUUUCAAGUAAGAUGUCAAGGAACAGGUAAAAGGUACUGGCAGCCCUGGAGUUCACCAUUUUUUCAUAAAACACCUGAAACAGUUUUCCAGGUCAUGCCAAAAUCAUUCCAACACGAUACUCAGAAUUCUGGGCUUGUAUUUGCUUCCAUCUUUAAAGGACACAUUACUUCUGACAACAGGCAAGACAUUGGACUUUUAUUGGGAAUGGUCUUCUUUGCUGUUAUAUUGUCAGUUCUUUCCUUGACUGGGAUAUUUAACAGAUCACUCCGAACUGGAAUUAAAAGAAGAAUCUUGUCGCUAAUACCAAAGUGGCUUCAUGAAGAUAUUCCUAAUAUAGAAAACAGUAAUGUUGUGAAAAUGCUACAGGAAAAAAGUGAAUUUAUGAAUAGUAAUUCCAAUGAGCAGGUCCUAUAUGUUGAUCCCGUGAUUACAGAGAUACAAGAAAUCUUUCUUCCAGAAGAACACAAACCCACAGACUACCAGAAGGAAAAGAAUGCAGGAUCCCUGGAGUCAAGAGACUGCCUGCAAAAGUCACUAUUCACCGAUACUACAGUUGUGUAUAUUCCUGAUCUCAAUACUGGAUAUAAACCCCAGAUUUCAAAUUUUCUUCCUGGGGGAAACCAUCUCAGCAAUAACGAUGAAACACCUUCCUCAACUCUUAAUCCUCCAAUUGAUUCCUUAGACCUGGAAAAGAAUGCCAGGUUAAAAAAAUACACUAAUUUUGCUUUUUCUGUCUCAAGUAUGAAUUUGCUUAGCAACACACUAUUACUUGAAGAAUUAAGCCUCAUUUUAAAUCAAGGGGAAUGCAGUUCUGCUGACAUACAAAACUCAAUACAGGGAGAAACUAGCAUGCUUGUGGAAAACAGUUCACCCAAUGAAACUAUUCCAGAACAGACUCUGUUGCCUGAUGAAUUUGUUUCCUGUUCGGGGAUCAUGAAUGAGGAGCUGCCAUCUGUUAAUUCUUAUUUCCCACAAAAUAUUUUGGAAAGCCACUUCAAUAGUAUUUCACUCUUGGAAAAGUAG